AUGUCCGGUGCCUCACUCUUGGAUUCGAAAGCUGCCUUCAAAAACAAGGUGUUGGAGUAUGGCUUGACCAAUACUGUCUUCGAGGCCAUUGUAAGACGUGGAGUCGACACUCUUAGCAAGGCUGCAUAUGCUGUGGGGGCCCCGGGUGUUGUACCCGCCGAAGAUGCCCUGCGAGCUUUUCUGAAUCCAGAGUCGCCUGCCACUGUUGAGCAGGGUCAGGUUGCAAUUGCUAGGCGCCUAAUCUUCGAAGCACAGACACUUGCAGUAAGCCAGCUGCGUCAGCAAAUCGAGGGGCCGGACGAGAAGCGACAAGACCUUCAGCCCGCCGAAAGGCGGUUCCGACUGGAGGAGCAAGCACGCCGCCUGGCCGGAAUGUCGCUCCGCGGUCCGUUGGAAUGCUCUUUCAGCUGCUACACACUUGUCAUUCGCAUGCUGGCCACUGAUGAAAUUACUUAUCUCGCCCCUAAUCGGUUCACCACUCGGGCUCAUGAGGUUCAGCAAUCCAAACCCCCCAAAGAAGUCAUCAUUGAUGCAUCGUCUGCCAUCAAGGUGCGUGAUUCUGCUGAGCUUGCUGACACGUGUCAUCUCCCUGAUGCACUCAGCUUGAGUCAGGCUUUGACUCGAAGGUCUCUCGCGCUUGACUUGUGUGAAGCCGCAACGUUUGCAGCCUCCGAGCGGUGGCACGCCGAGCUUCUGCGACACUUGCAGCAGGCCCCUCCCAUGGAGUACAAGCAGGUGGAUACCAUGCAAAUUCUAAGGGCUGACAGAGCAGCAUGGACGUACAUGGCCGAAAAGGGCACUUCCUUGAAAAAGCGUGCAGAUGGGAGUUUGCCCAUGGAUGAUCUCUUUGCAGCCCUCACCACGGCUACCGAUGUCAUGAUGUUCCUCAUGCCGCUGCCCGCGGGUGGCCAGAGCAAGCGCCCUUCCGCUUCACAGGUCAUGGCGACGCCCAAUGGUAGCACCGACACACCCAACCCGGCCAAAAAGAGCCGCACCAAGGCGCGCCGUGAACGCCAGAAGCAGCGUCUGCAGGAAGCCCUGGCACUUGCGUCUGCACCCCCCUCUCAUGCCUUCCCGCCCAAGCCUCCUACUCCGCAUGCGCACAAUGCUCUGCCGCCUACGCCGCCCCCGCCCACUCCGAAAAUCAAGGGCAAGGGCAAGCACAAGCCCUGCAAGAGCGUGUUCGCGGCAGGUGCUGUCCAUGCGUGUGGCGUGGGCAGUGUCUUCGGCAUCGAUGCAUGGACACCCAAGUCAGCUCCAGCGCCCGUGGUCAAAUUGGACCUCGCGCUUGAUGAGGAUGUCAGAGUGCUCUUUUUGCUGCUUUCCAAUCGGGCAUUGGCUGCGGUGCAUUUGGCGCCACCUGCAGCCCUCCCUGGUCGUGGCGGUCCGCCACUUCGCUCACACGCGUUUCCGGACGGCCUGCCCGACCUUUCUCCACCCAAUCAAGCCAAAGUUGAGCUGUACAAUCGUCUCUUUGCACUGGCAUCGACCCUUUUCCUUCAGGCUUUCCAGACAGGCAUUGUUGCCACUCUGGAAAACCCAGCCUCCAGCCACUUCUGGCAAAGCAGUGCUUGGCUGGAUGCAUCUUCGUCGAUUAUCCCACUGCAGUUUUCGUCUGUUCACACUUGCAUGUUCGGGGCUACUUUCAAACGUCAGCUUUGCAUUGCACACUUCCAUGAUGCCUUUCAGGCCUUGCAACUCCCAUGUGAUCAUACUUCGUUGCACCCGGCGCAUUCUGCGCCGCGGGAGUCGGUCACAACUUACCCUGCUCCCUUCUGUAGAGCGUAUGCGCAGGCUUUGCAGCAUGCUCUUGGUGCGGCUGGGUCUCUGCCACCUGCGCAAGCCUUACCGGGUCUUUCUGAUAUCCAUCUACAAGCUAGGGUGGCUGCUGGCACGCAACCGCGCGGCAAACGGGUACCGCCUCUUCUGCCAGAACACAAAGCCAUUUGCGUCUUGCAGGGUCCAGCGCAGUUGCUCCCUUCCGGGCCCGUGUUACAGCAGCCUUGGUUGCCUUGCGCAGGCGUUCAGUGCCAGCCGCAUUAUCCCCUCUUGCCUGCUAAAUCACGUGUUCUCUGCGCCCUUCCUUGCGCGGGGAUUGAGAAGGGCGGUUCUUCUCUUGAUUCCAGUGGCACCCCGUCCUCUCUGGCCGUGGAUGCUUUGUGCAAGGGUGACUUGUCUUCUGAAAUGUGUGUUCAGGUACUUCAGCAAGCAUUCAACACCCCCUUGGAAGCCAGGCGUGCGGGCAUUCUUCAGGACGGCCGACCUGUGAAAUACUUUGUUUUGGGCGCCUACAAGUGCCUGCCGAGGAAGGGUGUUACCAAACUCACAGGUGAGCACCUUAGCACAGCUGCCUUCAUAAAUGCCUUUAUGCUGCAGCGUUUCCCGGAUGCAUCGUGGUCUGCCUUCGUCGUCACUCACAACGAGCCCUCGGCACUGCACGUGGACUCGGCAAAUGUGCCAGGAACCAUGAACUUUGCGAUCGGCUUAGGAAGAGGAGAUACACCAAGUGAUACGCCAAUGGCGAUGCCUGCACCAGAUGGAGUUGCAGGAGGAUCCCUUCAGGCCCUGAUAGGGAACCUGUCGGCAGCAGCGCAAGCUUUGGCAAGUGCUGCAGGUACAGGAAGUACCAGAAGUUACGACUCUGCAGCUAAGCUGGUGAAGAGUCCGGAUGUGUUCGCUCCAAAGAAUUUGGAGGAGGAAGUUUCACAGUGGCCAGAUUGGAGUUUCAGUUUCAAAGUGUUUGUGGGAUUCAUUGAUCCCACUUAUGCAGAAGAGUUGAAGAAAGUGGAGCUGGCACCACCAAAUCCAGCAGAUUAUACAGUUGGUGAAAGAGAGCGAAGUACAAAGCUGUAUGCGAUUUUGGCCUCGCAGAUCACAGCUGAAGCAGCGCGCCAAGCAAGAAGAGUAGAGAUGACACAAGAGUGGAACGAUGAGGAUGAAGAGCUCAACUUUGUGAGAUUGUGUCAAGAGUUUGAAGGUUUGGUUCAAGGAGAGCUGAGAAGAGUUGAGGAGUUUGAUAUCUCUUCGAGCGAUGAAGUGGAAGAGAUCGAGGAAGAACCUACUGAUGGUUUGAUGGAGUGGUACCAAGGUUGGGGUACGGUGAAUGAAGAUGGAAGAUUGUGGUUGAAGAAAGGAAGUGUUCGGAUACCGAUAUACUUCAAAAGGCUGGAGCGAGAACUGAAGAAUGAGUUGAAGAGCAAAGAAGAUGAAGAUGGUUGGUUUGUGCUAAAUGACGGCACGCCUGCAAGGUUUGAUUGGUUUAUGGGGAAGACGUUUGACCCAACGGGAAAGAUGAAAAGAAGUGGAGAAAGAGUGUUGAAUGAAGUGGAUUGGAAGAGUAUGGAUUUCUUUGAGUGUACGGAGAUCUGGAAGGCAUAUCAGCCGGAGCUUUUGCAACUUUCGGUUGGAGCUCCAUGGGAUCAUCAGCUGAAGGCUUUGAGGUUUAAGAAGAAGAGAAUUGUGCCUAUUGAUGAUGGGCCAGUACUGCCGAGAUUGGCGGUGGAAGCUGACAAAAGAGUAGAAGAAGAAAAGAGAAGCGAGCCUUCGCCGCCGAGCGACCGCCAAGGAAGCUCAAGUUCUUCUAGCAAGAGUUCGUCGCUAUCUGGAGCAACACCAGAAGCAAUGGACGAUGAGAGCGAUGACGAUGACGAUGAUCCAGGAGAGGUGAGAACAAAGAGAAAAGCAGAAGAUGAAUUGGUGCCCGAUGAAAUGACAUUGGAAGAGUUUCAAAGAGAAGUUGCAAAGAGGAAUGCAGAAGACGAAGGAGAAGGGUCACCAAAGAAAGAACCAAGAGUAGACGAAGGAACUGGAGAGGUAGAAGAAAGAGUUGAAAAAGUGCCGAGACUUGGAGACGAAGCACGAGGAAGCGCGGCACGAGUGGAAUACCACAUUCGGAGAUUCGCCAAGAGCGAAGAUCCCGAAGAGCAUGGAGAUGAGUAUGUUGAUCUCGACGAGACACAGUUGUUUCUGGAAGAAAGUCGAGAGUUCCAGAGCAAGUGGAACGAGAAAGUGUGUGAGACAGAAGAGGACCUAACGGACCCGUGCACGGGCGAAUGGCUGUGGGGAGACUGUCUAGCUCUCAACUUAGGACCGUGCCGGUUCGAUGGUCGUGCAAGGCAUGCUACCCUGCCGUGGGUCGGCGACAGGUGGUCGAUCAUUGCUUAUUCGGCGGUUGUGCAAAAUGAUCUCUCCCCAACGCAGGAGCAAACGUUGUGGUCCUGCGGGUUUCCAUUGCCUUGGACCUCUGCCUUUUCGAAAGUGCCGUCUGCUCCUAGCAAUGCCCCUCAAGUUCGCAUGACCAUUGGCAUACCCUGGGACCCAUGUGACUUCGCCAAGGAGGCAGCGAAGAGGGGGCAUCCACGCCACCUAUUUGAUGGAAUUCCGCCUGUGCUCAAAACUGCGAUCGACGCAACUGUCGAGCAGUCAGAAGUGGGCCUAGCACAACACCGCACCGAGGUCCUUAGGCGAUGGAUGCUUCGAGCGCAGGAGAUCGCUCCGCAGGAAAGGGCUCUCCAUGAUGGAAUGCCGAAACACCUUAAGGCCGUCCUCAAGGGUAAGCGGCUUUUGGUCUUCGGCGAGAUGCUCGUCGCAUGUGGCUAUGGCGACUCUUCAAUUGCGUCCGAAAUUGGGAAGGGCUUCGACUUGACAGGUCCGAUUCCUGCGUCGGAUGGGCUCUUCAAACCCGUUGUGGAGCCGGCGUCAAUGACCAAGGAGUGUUUGCGCGCCGCUGCCAGCGCAGUCCGUGCAGGCAUUCUUCGCGCCACCGAGCGUGUGUGCUCGUCCGAGCUCGCGCAGGAGGUUCACGACAUUACCAAGGAAGAGGUAGACCGCGGGUGGCUCGAAGGGCCCGUGCCACUUGAGCAACUGAGCGAGACUUGUUCCUUGAGCAGACGGUUCGGAGUUGAGCAGCGGUCCGGUGGGAAGCGCAAAGUCAGGCCCAUCGACAACCUGUCGGAAUCCUUUAUCAACUCGACCGUUUCCCGCACCGAGUCGAUUCAACCUCACGGCUUGGAUGUGGUUUGUGCGGGCAUCGCUUACAGACUCAGGGUCCGUGAGAGGUUCGGCCGCGCCAGCGUGCCAAAACUUAAAAUCAUAGACCUGCAUAAAGCUUAUAAGCAACUCGGCAUUUCCCUUGACGCCAUACAGGAUGCUUUCUUGUGUGUGCCGAACCCGGAGACGGGCAAACCAUCCAUCUACGCCUGCCAUGUGCUGCCCUUCGGAUCAUCCGCUUCUGUCGCGGCAUUUUGCCGCAGCACGAUGGGAUUGUGGCACUUAGGGUGUGCUCUGUUGUUGAUCCACUGGACGGUGUUUUACGACGACUUUAUCGUCCUCAACGAGGCGUCGUCCACGAAACACCUUGACUUGGUUCUCAAUUGCUUUUGGGACUUGCUUGGAUGGACCGUGGCACGGGACAAAGAAUCCGAUUUUGAUUACUUUGCGAGAGCUCUUGGUGUCAAAAUUUGCUUUCAGUCCGAGAGAGUCUUCGUGGUGGAGAACACCCCCGAGCGAAAGGCCGAACUUGACGAGACCAUCACGCGCUUACUCAGUCUCGAGUGGGUGGAGCAACAUGAACUCACAUCGCUGAGAGGGAGGUUGCAGUUCGUUGAGGGUCAGAUCCAUGGGCGACGAAGCGGCAGGUUCAUGCAGCUUUUGUCGCGGCGCGCAGAUUUCAUCGGGGGGUCCGCCAUGGAUUCCGACUUGCAAGCAGCCCUCACUUUCCUUAAGGAUAGGGUUGUAGGUGCUCCCCCUAGGGUAAUAUCCGCAAGACGUGAGAACGCUUGGUUCAUCUUCACUGAUGCGGCCUACAAUGAUGGCCAGGCGAACAGUUGUGGGUUAGGAGGGGUACUAGUUGCACCCGAUGGGAAGCCCAUUAGGUUCUUCAGCUGCUUGUUUAACGACGAUGCACUUGAGGGCCUCAGGUUUGGUGAUGUUCAGAGCCCCAUCUACUUUCUUGAAGGCUUGGCAGUAGUGGUCGCGUUGCACGUGUGGAACAGCCUUGUGCAAGGCUCUGAGGCCGUUUGCUUCGUUGAUAAUGAAGCGGCCAAGUCUGCGUUCAUUGCUGGCAAAUCUCCUUGCGUUCACUUCUCAGCCCUGUCGGAAUGGUUGAGUGAUUGGGAGGAACGUGCCUCCUCGUUCCCAUGGUUCGAAAGGGUGAGCAGUGCUGCGAACAUUGCUGAUGGCCCCUCGCGUGAUGAUUGCAGUCACUUGGCGGGUGUCCGUCGCGAUGAGAUUGAUUUGCAGUCCAUCAUUCUCGCUUUGCAGUGCUUCUUGCCAGAGCUCUCAGUCGGCGGUGGGUGA